AAUGACAACAAUAGACAAUUAUACAAUAAAGAGAAACUUGGGCUCCGGAGCCUUUUCAAAAGUGAAAUUGGCCGAAACCCCUGAAGGGCAAUUAGUGGCCUUAAAGAUUUCUAAAAAGCUUGAAAACAAUGAGAAUGUUGAUUCAUCAAACAAUCAAGAAUUAUUUUAUGCUGAAACUGAAGCUUUGCAAGAGCUUUCCCAUCCUUAUAUCAUUAAGUAUUUUGGACAUUCUGAUAGCUCCUUCCAGGUAAAGAAGGAUGGAACAAUCUCUAAGGUUCAAUAUAUUGCCAUAGAGUACGUUGACCAGGGAGAAAUAUUUGAUUACGUCGCACAGACUGGGAAAUUUUCUGAAGAAGAAGCCAGAUACUAUUUCAAACAACUGAUCGAAGUUAUCGAAUACUGACAUGAAAAUGGCUACGCUCAUAGAGAUAUUAAACCUGAGAACAUUCUAAUUGAUAGCAAGUUUAAUUUAAGGCUUGCUGACUUUGGUUUUGCUACCAGAGCCUCUAAGAGUCAUGCAAGGAAAGGAACUUUCGGCUAUAUGGCUCCAGAAGUACUAGCCAGAAAAGCUUAUGAUACCAGGCAGCAUGACUUAUACGCUGCUGCUAUUGUACUCUUUGUACUUGCUACCCAGCAUCCUCCAUUUUCAGCUGCUGAUUUAGAAGAUAAAUAUUUUAAAAGGGUUUAUGAUGAAAAAUGGUCAGAAUUUUGGAGCAUUCAUUCAGAUUGCAAUCUUUCCUACAAUUUCAAGAACUUGGUGUCUCAAAUGCUAAUGGCUGAUCCUAGCCAAAGACUAACUCUUGAGCAGAUUAAGCAACAUGAAUGGUUUAAGGGCCCAGAAUUAUCUGAAGAUGAGAUCUUUGCUCGAUUCACCAAGAGAAGAAUGGCAAUGACUAAAGCACAUCAUGUCGGAAAGAGUUGCUUCGAAAAAACUUUUCCGUCUCAUCGAAUACUUACAGAUUUCUAUCAAGUUGAUGACGGGGAUAAACUCCUCAACAUUGCUGUGAAGUUUGCUAAGAAAAACAGAUUCAAAUGCCAUAAAUCUAGGACCUACUUCAGGGUCCAAAUUUAUGUAGAAGAAUUCGGUGAAGAGACUGGUAUACUAAUCAGUAUUCUGAGAAAGCCCAACUCAGAGAUGAGAGCUAUUGAAUUUAAGAAAAUUGCAGGUGAUGGGAUCACAUUUAAAUCCACUAUCGGAAAGUUAAGGGAAUACCUUGACACUUUUUUCCUCCCUAACUCCAAGUAG